UAUUAUUUUAUUCAGUGGCAAAAAAGAAAAAAAAAAUUCUAAAUUGUCUGCUCCUCCUCCGUUCCUUUUUAGGAUUUUUGGAAUUUUAUGUUCCACCAUUCUUAUAGUCUUCUCUCUUUCUCUGAAGCUGCAAAACCACAAACUAAAGCCACAAGAGAGUGAGAGAGAUUGGGAAUUCUCCUUUGUGAGCAGUCCGAUGAUACUUGUGUCUCCAGGAAUCAUCAUCACACUACAACGUAUUCACCUGAGAUUCUGACAAAAGCAUUUUGAGGAAACUGGACAAGUGAGUAACAUAAGAGAGAGAUGGUUGAAAACGGCGUCGUUCAAGGAGGAGGAGGGCGUAACGUUAUGGUGGGCGUGAAGUUCGAUGAGUUGAGCAAUGAGCUGCUUGAUUGGGCUUUGGUUAAGGUUGCUGAACCGGGUGAUACCGUCAUCGCUCUUCAUAUUCUCGGCAAUGAGAUCGUUGAUCGAGCAGACAACUCUUCGCUUAUCUCCCUUGUUAAGAAUUUUGACUCUGUUCUUGAAGUCUAUGAAGGUUUCUGCCAAUUGAAACAGGUGGAGUUGAAGUUGAAAUUGUCCCGGGGUUCUUCUUCUCGAAAGAUUCUAGUUAGAGAAGCAAAAUUGUGUUCUGCAUCCAAAGUAGUGGUUGGAAUCUCCAAACGUUAUCAUACAAUUCAUUCAUCUGUCUCCGUGGCUAAGUACUUAGCCAGAAAAGUAUCAAAAAAUUGCUGUGUUCUAGCUGUUGACAAGGGGAAAGUCAUGUUUCAGAAAGAUGGUUCCUCAUCCAUCAUUCAUCAAUCUCAAGGGAAAAGCGAUGCUCGUAGGACCACUUUGUCUAAUUUCUUUCAGAUGCCUACCACACUGAGAAAGAAUACCAAAGUAGUAAACCAUCCCGAAGAGGAAGAGGAAGAGUCGGAGGAGGAUCAUUCCAAUGGCCAGAGUCUACGGCGUUCUUUAAUGUCUGCAUGCCUUGGGAAUUGCUCGGUUCGUGAUAUGAAUUCUCUGCCUUCUGGAUCUUUAAGUUCUGACUGUGAUCAAGAUGAUAAUGCGGAUUUCCACAAGGCAAUGGCGCUUGUGCCCGCUAAGUUUCCAGAAGAUUUGAACCGAUUCAUUACUAUGCUGGUAAAGGAACUUCCUGAAUUUAGACCAGGUUGGCCUUUGCUUUGUCGUGUAGCUUCUUCAGAUGUAUUAGCUUCUGCUCCGCGUAGCUCUUCGUUCAGAAAGAUACCAGUUGUCCAAUGGGUGCUGAAGCUGCCUUCUAGGACCAAUUCUGUUGUUGGAGACACUAAGCAGAUUGGUUUUGAUUCUUCAGAAUCUGAAGAUACUAAGCUUUUGUCAACUGUUCCUGAUGAAAAUGAUUCUACGAUCGUGAAAUGUUCUCUUGAUUCUAGCUCAAGUAGAUUCCAAGAGGAUGUGGAUGAUCUUCGGGCGAGGAUAUCCACAUCUUGCCACUUUUUUAAGUACAAGGAACUUGUGUCAGUGACAUCCAAUUUCUGUGCUGAUAAUUUCAUCGGAAAAGGAGGCAACAGCCGGGUUUUUAGAGGUUACCUGCCAAAUGGAAGAGAGGUUGCAGUGAAAAUACUCAAGCAAACCGAAUGUGUCUUGAAAGAUUUUGUGGCAGAGAUUGACAUCAUCACAACCUUACACCAUAAAAACGUUAUUUCACUCUUAGGCUAUUGCUUUGAAAACCAUAACCUAUUACUAGUAUACAAUUAUCUCUCAAGAGGGAGCCUUGAAAAGAAUCUUCACGGCAACAAAAAGGACCUGGUUGCAUUUCGUUGGAAUGAGAGAUAUAAGGUCGCUGUGGGAAUAGCUGAGGCGUUGGACUAUCUGCAUAACAGUGCUCCACAACCUGUCAUUCACAGAGAUGUUAAGUCAUCAAACAUAUUACUGUCUGAUGAUUUUGAGCCACAGCUUUCUGAUUUUGGGCUUGCAAAGUGGGCGUCGUUAUCUACAACUCAGAUAAUCUGCUCCGAUAUUGCAGGAACCUUUGGCUAUUUAGCUCCAGAGUAUUUUAUGUAUGGCAAGAUGAACAAUAAGAUAGAUGUCUAUGCAUACGGUGUUGUACUCCUCGAGCUUCUUUCUGGACGAAAACCAGUUAAUAGUGAAUCUCCAAAGGCUCAAGAGAGUCUUGUUAUGUGGGCGAAGACGAUUCUGGAUAACAAAGAAUAUUCUCAACUAUUAGACCCAAGUUUGCAAGAUGACAGCAAAGGCGACCAGAUGGAGAGGUUGGCAUUAGCAGCCACUCUUUGUAUAAGACAUAACCCUCAAUCUAGGCCUGAAAUGGGAAUGGUACUAAAGCUUCUUAACGGUGACGCGGAGAUGCUAAAAUGGGCAAAGCUACAAGUUAACAACCCUUUAGAGGAUUCAAAGGUACUCAAGGACGAGAAAUUGUGGAGGUCUAAUCUGCAGUCACAUCUCAACCUAGCAUUCCUUGACAUGGAAGAUGACUCUCUCUCCAUGGGAAGCAUCGAGCAAGGCAUCUCCGUGGAAGGUUAUCUUAAAGGCAGAGCAAGCCCUUCAUCGAGUUUCAACUGAGCCGUUUUUGUUCACUACAAGAAAUCACAAUUGCCAAAACUUUCCAAGGUGAAGAUGGUGAAGAAAAUGGGUUCUCUUUGUGUGUGGGUGUAAAGUCUAAAGUGUAUAUAUGAAAAGGCAUAUUUCUUUUCAUUUUGGAUGGGUCAUGGGCGGUGGAUGAGAGGUGGAUUUGUGGGUUUUAUAAGCCCUCCUCCCUCCCUAUGUUGCAGCUUUCCAAUGUUUGGAGUGUUUCCUGCAAAAAUCUUUUUGGGGGAAACAUAGACAAGUAACUUUUUAUUCCUUGAUCCUGAAUAAUUACUCGGAAGGGAUCAAAGUGAAUUUUUCUUGCAUGUGAA